GCGGCUUUAGCUUUACCACCUACAUCGCUGUGCCUUACCCAUCCUCCAUCUCGGACAACCUUCCUCACCAUCUAUUCACUGACAGGUCAACUACCCUGUAAAUUCUUAGUCUAGUUCGGACAGUUGAAAGUAUUCUCCACGCCUGCCACAUUCCAAGUUUUCGAAGCAGUGGCUUCAACAUUGUCCCCUUUUGUUAGACCUUCAACAUCAUGGCGACCUGGACUGAUUACUUGUCGCUGGCUCUCACAUUUCUAUUGGUAGUUCUCAUUGCGUAUGCCGCACUGUUUGUUUACAGACAAAUAAUGAAUGCCAAAGAAUGGUCGAAGGAGAGGCUUCAGAAGAGGGGCGUGAAUAUCUCUGAGAAGGGGAUGUCUGUGAAAAGAAGGACUCGCCUGGCCAACAGAGAAGAGUACGUCGAUGCAACGCAACGGGGCUUUAUCAAGGCACUUGGGUCUGCGUACUAUGGACCCGUCUCAGGAAGUGAGAUGCACAAACCAGCCCCUGAAAACGGGGUAGAUGGCAAUACAUGGACCAAAGGCUCUCCGAACGCCAGCAUUCAGUCUAACAGCGAUCGUAAUAACGAAGAACAGAAGAAGGUCUUCGGCGGAUUGAAAAACCGCAAUGACUAGAGUCAAAAUUAUCAGCCUUUUUGUUGAACAUUCUUGCUGACUAUUUAUUGAGUGACUUUUACUUGAUGUACGUUUAUACUGUACGAUGAUUGUUUGAUUUGAGAUGGAAUUUAAGAUAUAUUGUUACCACAGACAGCUAUUAGGUGAAUUACUAUCUUGUA